CGAAGAUAGUAAAUGAAUUAUAUAUUUUAUAGUAUUAAUAAACAAUUGCAAUGAUGUAUAGAGCUACGCAAUUAACAUCUGUUAGAUUGGCUAAACCUGCCGGACAAUUUUUACGGUGGUCAAGUAAAAGUUCCAUUAAUUUAUCGUCUAGUUUAACAUCUUACCCCACAGAUCAUACUAGUCCUAAUACCGAACCAUAUAUAACUCCAAGUUUUGUUGAUAAUCAAUUCUUUAAAUCAGAAUCAAAAGAAUGGUUUGAUAUUCAUGAUCCUGCCACUAAUUAUGUAGUAUCAAAAGUUCCACAAUCUACACCUCAAGAAUUAGAAGAAGCAAUUGAAGCGGCCGCAAAGGCUUUCCCGAUUUGGAAGGAAUUUUCAGUCAUAAAAAGACAAGGAAUUGCCUUUAAAUUUGUUCAAUUAUUAAGAGAAAAUUUAGAUAGAAUUGCUUCGGUAAUUGUAUUAGAACAAGGUAAAACUUUUGUUGAUGCUCAAGGUGAUGUUACUAGAGGUUUACAAGUUGCUGAAGCUGCUGUUAAUAUUACAAAUGAUUUAAAAGGUGAAACUUUAGAAGUUUCAACUGAUAUGGAAACUAAAAUGAUUCGUGAACCUUUAGGAGUUGUAGCAUCAAUUUGUCCAUUUAAUUUCCCUGCCAUGGUACCUUUAUGGUCUUUACCUUUAAUUUUAGUUACUGGUAAUACUGCUGUUAUAAAACCAUCUGAAAGAGUUCCUGGUGCUGCAUUAAUUAUUGCAGAAUUAAUUGUUAAAGCUGGUGUACCACCUGGUGUUCUUAAUAUUGUUCAUGGUAAACAUGAUACUGUUAAUAAAUUAAUUGAAGAUCCAAGAAUUAAAGCAUUAACUUUUGUUGGUGGUGAUAAAGCUGGUAAAUAUAUUUAUGAAAAGGGUACUUCUUUAGGUAAAAGAGUUCAAGCUAAUUUAGGUGCUAAGAAUCAUUUAGUUGUAUUACCAGAUGCUCCAAAGCAACAAUUUAUAAAUGCUCUUAAUGGUGCUGCUUUUGGUGCUGCUGGUCAAAGAUGUAUGGCUAUUUCUGUCUUAGUUACUGUUGGUAAAACCAAGGAAUGGAUUAGUGAUAUUGUUCAUGAUGCUAAAUUAUUAAAGACAGGAAGUGGUUUUGAUAAAAGUAGUGAUUUAGGUCCUUUAAUUAAUCCAGGUAGUUUAACUAAAGCUAAAGAUAUUAUUGAAGAUUCUGUAAAGAAUGGUGCAGUUCUUGCUUUAGAUGGUAGAGAUUAUAAAGCAUCAGAAGAAAGAUUUUCAAAGGGAAAUUUCUUAGGACCAACUAUUUUAACUAAUGUUAAGCCAGGUCAAAGAGCUUAUGAUGAAGAAAUCUUUGCUCCUGUUCUUUCUGUUGUAAAUGUUGAUACUAUUGAUGAAGCAAUUGAAUUAAUUAAUGCUAAUAAAUAUGGUAAUGGUGUUGCUAUCUUUACCUCUUCUGGAUCUUCAGCACAAUAUUUCACUAAAAGAAUUGAUGUCGGACAAGUAGGUGUUAAUGUUCCAAUUCCAGUUCCAUUACCAAUGUUUUCAUUCACUGGUUCUAGAGGGUCAUUCUUGGGUGACUUGAACUUUUACGGUAAGAGUGGUAUUACUUUCUUAACCAAACCAAAAACUAUUACUGCUUCCUGGAAAUCUAGUACUGUAGAUGAUGAAAUUUUAAAGCCAUCUACUUCGAUGCCUGUCCAACAAUAGUUUAGUUUUUAUAGGAAUUUAAAAAAAUAUCAAUAUAAAAUAUUUAAUAUUUAAUAAGGUUGCAAAAAGUGGUAAAGUAACUAAAAAACUAUAAGAAGAAAUAGAAAAAAAUAAUGAAGGAUGCGAGGUUCGAACUCGCGCGGACAACC